ACCUGUGGACUAAUACACAAGCAAGUGUAGCACCAGUAUCUUAGCACAUAGUGGUUCACACGCCAGGGCGACUUUUAGUACAUCGGAGCAAAAACUGCAGACGAGAAGACUCAAUAACUCAAAGAUGACAGAGAAAGGUGUGUGUAACUAAUCUGCUUAAAAGGUCUUUUUACAAGACUAAUAUUAGAAAAGCAUCAAAAUAUUGAUUUACAAUUGAAAAGAAAAUUGGUUAAAAUUAUCUGUUAGCUGGUGAAAAGCAAGGUAAGCCGACAUUUCGUAUCCAAAAUGGACCAUACUAUACCACUUGAGGACAUAACUUCAACUACAUCGUCUGCUGAGACAGCUGGCAGUGAACCACUGUACAAUGAGCAUUCUCAAACGGAUGUUCCUACAAAUGAAGUCAACGAUGCCAUCAAUAACCACGUCCCACGGCACAGUGAACACACCAGCACCACCAGUGACAAGAUUAUACAGGUUGAGAACGACGAGAAAAAAGAGGAAGCCAGCGUUGAUUCGAUUAAGAACGAAAAGGUUCUGGACAUUAAGAAGAUAAGCGAUGAGAACGGCAAGAAAGACGGAACGGAGAAACAUGUCCAAACUGAACUUCCAGCCAUGGCAGGUAAUGGGAGCAGCCAGACCAAGAUCUUGAUGGAAAAUGGGAUCAUGAACUCCACCACAGUAGAUGGCAUCAAAACGCUGCAAGUUGCAGAAGAUGGGAAGGACAAACUGGACAAAGACGAGCAACAGAAGGAGAGCAAAGUGUACAAACGCCGCUGGUACGUGCUGAUUAUGUAUGGACUAUUCACAGCAACUCAAGGAUGCGUGUGGAACACAUUCGGACCCAUCUCUUCCUCCAGCAAACUAGUCUUCGGCUGGUCCGAUGGAGACAUCUUCCUUCUCGGCAACUGGGGCCCCAUCGGCUACAUCAUCGGAGGAGUCUUCUUCUCAUGGAUGCUCGAUGUCAAAGGUCUCCGCUGGUCCUGUCUGUCGUCCACGUUCUUGGUUGCCGUGGGAACCGCACUGCGCUGCAUCACCAUGGAAACACCUGCCGCAACAUGGCUGAUCCACACCGGUCAACUGCUCAACGGUCUGGGCGGACCAGUGGCCAUGGGAGGACCCCCGAUCGUGUCCGCCGUCUGGUUUCCCAUCGAGGAGAGAACCACGGCCACGGCCAUUGGCUGCAUCAUCAACGGCUUGGGUGUGGGGCUCUCCUUCAUCCUGGGACCAUAUCUUGUAGCAGACCUCCCAAGUGUAGACACAACACCUGCAAACACUACUCAGUCCCCACUAUUACAAGUAAACAACACAACGUUUGUUUGCAAUACGACCUCAUCAGAGCUACACAAUUGUCUCAACUCUACAUUUUUGGAUGUUUCUGACGUAGCCAGCAGAAGGGACGGCAUUCGACUGUACUUGAUCAUCGAGGUUGCGUGGAGCGCUGCGCUCUUUCUAAUGAUUCUCAUCUACUUCCCAUCCAAGCCUCCUACUCCCCCAUGUGCCUCGGCCGGCAUUCAGAGGGAAAACUUUCUCCAAGGUCUCAAGCACCUGCUCAGGAGGAGGCAGUUUUGGCUGGUAGCAGCCAUCUACGGCGUGUCUCUGGGCGUCCUCAACAGCUGGGCUACAGUGAUCAGCAUCGACCUCAGAGACCAUGGCAUCGGCGAGAAAGAAUCUGGUUGGAUCGGAUUUUACAGCAUUUUAUCGGGUGCAUUCCUGUCGCUGAUUAUUGCCAGGUUCGCUGACGUGUUCGCUCGUGCCAUGAAGUGGUUCGUCUUCUCAAUGUACCUCGUCGGCAGUGUGUCCUUCCUUAUUUUUGCUCUGGCGUGUAUCGAUGUCGUGGCAGCUUCUAGCGCACUGUUCUACGUGACCAUAAUCGUCGGCACGACCAUGCUCGGCUCCACUGUUCCCCUGGUGUUUGAACUGGCUUGUGAACUGGCUUACCCAACAGGGGAGGGCACUACGAACAUCGUGCUGACGACUGUUAACAACAUUUUUGGUCUGCUGUUCCUUCUCGCUGGCGAUAUUCCAGAUAUCGGAACUUUGUGGAUGAAUUGGACUAUCCUGGGUACGACCAGUAUCUGUCUCCCCAUGCUGUUGAUGCUGAAACAGCGUUUUAACAGACGCGAGGUGGACGAGGCCUAUCCAAACAGCAGUGAUAUCAACAGAGAAAUCAUCCUACAGGCCGGACCCAUAUGAUAUCAGAAAUCACCAAAAGACAUUGUAUCUUCGCUUUUCACGAGAGCACACCCUUAAAUGCAGGACUUAUGAGAUAUUAUACAAAAUUACAAAAAUAUGUAGAGAUUUCCUAUCGUAAUGUAAGGAUGAGGCGGAAAGUGUUCCAAAGCCUCACAAUAAAAGUUUUGGACUUUUUUGUAGGAGACAUUAUAACUAUAAACUCCGUAAUAUUUAACGCAAUGACAUUCGUUUGACUCUUUUGAAAGAAACAUCAGCCUCCGGCUCCUCGGUUUUUCCACCAUACAUAAAGCUCCUAUAAAAACAACCUGUAGCAAACACAAUUAUAUAGAGUACUUGUUAGGAUUAAAGACAAUUGUAGUUAUUAUAAAGUACUGAAUGGAAAUCAAAGCCUGUAGUAAUGAAACUAACUGGAAACUGCGACUGUACACUGAAUCAAAGAAAUAAAAUUUUCCCACAAAGCAGUGUCA